UUCGGGUAUUUGCAAGUCAUGGCGAGAGCUGCACGUCGAUAAAGCGACUGCGUUGAUGCAUUCAUUUGCAGCAGGCUCGGAGGCAGGAGGAAAAGCAGACGGAAUCUUCCAGGAGUGAGGAAUAAAAGGAGAUUUGUGCGUCUGUGAACUCUUGUCAAGACCCUGCUGCAAACGUAGACAGAGAAUGCAGGAAGCUGUGAAUGGAUGUGACUGUUGCAAGUCCGGGAUGUGGACUACGACAGUAUGAUCACCAAGGCGUCCAAGAGAAUCGUCAAGCCUUCAUUACGACUGCUUGCACGAUACCAGAUGGACGCAACCAACAUCCGAAUGGCCGGAGGGUUUCCGAACCCUGAAACAUUCCCCUUGGCUGAGCUGAAGUUUAAACUCAAAGACGGCACAGUCCUGCAAGUGGAGCCAACUACCCUGGCUGCCGGCCUGCAGUAUGGACUGUCUGAAGGAAUGAAGGAAUUGACCGACUGGUUGCUAGAGUUCCAAAGAAAAGUUCAUGACCCGCCAACACUCAGGCCAAACCACCCCGGACAAACAAAGGUCAUCCUAACCCAUGGAGCAACUGAGGCUAUGGCUUUGGUGUUUACCACGUUACUGGAUGAAGGAGCGUGGGCACUGUCCGAGGCUGUAACAUACCCCUCAGCAACGGACAUGCUUUCUCUAGUCGGCGCGCAUUUCCACGGAAUAAAGAUCGACGAAGACGGGAUGGUUGUAGAAGACUUGGUAAGAGUGCUCGACUCUUGGGACACUCUCCAUCCUGGAGUGGAGAAACCACGUUUGAUGUACGUCAUGACGUCAUGUGAAAAUCCAACAGGUGUGCUGUGGUCGAUGGAGAGGAAACGUGGUGUCUAUGAAGUAGCGAGGAAGUAUGACAUGAUUAUUGUAGAGGACGACCCCUACUACUUCCUUCAGUUUAAUCGGCCUCUGAGCCCAACACUUUUUUCCAUGGAUGAAGAUGGUCGAGUAGUGAGAAUCGACACAGUUUCCAAGAUUGUUUCUGCGGGCAUGCGAAUAGGUUGGAUAUCGGGACCUGCCCCUAUACUGGAGAACAUUAUCCUCCGCAAGGAUAACAGCAGUGGGUUCCCCAGCGGCAUCGCGCAGGGAAUACUACUCCAGCUCCUGAAGCACUGGGGUCCGGAGGGUCUGCUACAGCAAGGGGACAGGGCCAUGAACUUCUAUAAACAGAAGGCGGAGGUUGCUCUCAAGUACGUCAGGAAAUACCUGACAGGCCUGGUAGAGUGGUAUGAACCCAGCGGAGGGUUGUUCCUGUGGGUUCGUGUGCUGGGAGUCAAGGACUCUAAGUUCAUCUGUGAGAAAGCCUUGGACAAGAAACUAGUUGUGGUCUACGGAGGAUACUUUCAUGUGUUCAAAGGGCCGAGCCCAUGUAUACGACUUUCGUAUGCCCUUCCCUCUGAGGAAGACUGUGAACAGGCGAUUAAGAUGCUGGGAGAAAUAAUAAGAGAAGUUCAGGAAAACAAAAUCAUGGAAUGAUGGAGGAGCAGGCUCUUCAUCUUGCCUUGUGCAUCAUCUCAAAGCGAGGCUGUCUGUGCACUAAUGUCCAGGUGGCACAACGUCCUAACGCUGCUUUUCUAUCAUGUGUAUGUCUGAUGUGUAUGUGAGUGCUACCUGUGUUUGUGUGUGUGUGGAGAGAGAGAAGGAGAAAAAGAAAGUGAGAGAGAAAGAAAGCGAGUGUGUGUGUGUGUGUGCAAGUGCACGCGCGUGAUAUAAUUACUACAGAUUUCUUGAAAAAAGACUUCAAAUUACACGAAAGAAUGAGAUGGUAAAGAAAUUGUGAAAAUUGACAUAUGAAAAUCGUGUCUUACUUCUUUUAUUAGCACAGUGAAACCAAACGGUUAUAACAGAAGUGAAUAAACAUUCAACAGCUUACUAAUAGAACGGCUCAGUCUUAAAAAGUAAGACUGAUGGAACAUUUUGCUGUGAAGACAAGAAAGAAUUAAUUAUCUUUAGUAAUUUUUACUCAGAUGCAUUUUCUGUAUAAACAUUUUUUCAAUCGCCAUGUCUUACCAGAAAUAAUGAUAUAAACUGGAAUAGUCACAAAAAUGUAUUUUAUGAGACAUUACAUAGUCAGCUUUACAAUUUUAGAUCAUUGCCCAGUUCUGGUUAGUUUGCUUGUAUAUGUUCAGAUUUUGAAUAUCAUUAUUAAUUUACCCCAGUCACACGAAAGUUUUAUUUUGUAUAAGCAGUUCUUUCUGGUAUUGCUAUAAUAAGUUUACAAUACUUUUGCCCCUCAUUCAAAACACUUUACAUUACAAAUCAAGCAGAUUAGUGCAUUUAAAAUCAUAGAGUGCAGGGAUACGUUUAUCCUAUCCGUUUAAAUGUGUAUCUAUAUAUAUAUAUCUCGAGGAAAUAUUUUAAGCUCGAAUAUCAAACCUGGAGAUUUUUACUAAAUUAUUAUGUGCUUUGUUGACACAUUUCUUCCAUUUUCAAGGUCGUUUCUAUUUAUCUAAGCUGCUUUAGUUUGUCAUAAACAUCUUUCCGUAAUCCUUUUUCGAAAUUAUGAUUCAAAAUCUAUGAGGUAAGCAGUCAGUUAGCUGGAGACUACGAUUCACUUUUGGUCUAUAGACCGAGAAAUUACUUGUUCAGGGAUCGUGCAAUGAAAGCUCAUCAGUACCUUCUAACGUCCUUUUCGGCACUUACAUGAUUCCUCUUUGUUGGCCAUCUCUCCUUGUAGCAGCAAAUAACCAGACACGUUAGUAAAGUAAAGGGAGGCAACAAGAGAAAUUUACACAACACGAACAUGCGUUAAGUCCCCUUAAUUUAAACAGCGCAACGUAAGAAGACACAAGACACCAUUUAUUGUAAUAAAAGAAUUGUCUAUAAAUAACA